UGGCUUUAGCAAUCAUAUGUUUUGUUGAAUAGUUGACAGAUGUCUUUCUGUUAAUUAUUGGAAAAUUUUCAUUGGAAGGGUGCUAAUCGAUCUGCUAGUCGUUAGAUUGUCCAAUAUUAUUUCUGAACAGAACGGAAUCUCCUAAUCUUGGUAGGCUUUUGUAACUGUUGACAUUAAUUAGUUUAACAUGGCAAUGUUAGCAAGAACCUUCGGUCGCACUCUGAUGCAGGCGACAGCUGCCCGUUCCAUUCACACCACCUCAGCAGUUAAUCAGGAUUCUGGAGCUCUUGGUGGCAACCGUGUGACAUGUACACUUAUUCCUGGUGAUGGUGUCGGACCCGAAUUGGUCUAUGCAUUGCAAGAAGUAUUUAAGGCUACAAACGCUCCAGUAGACUUUGAAAAUUAUUUUCUGUCGGAGGUUAACCCAAUUUUGAGUGCCAAAUUGGAAGAUGUAGUGGCUUCGAUUCAGAAGAAUAAAGUUUGUAUUAAGGGUAUUUUAGCCACACCGGAUUAUAGUGUUGCUGGUGAACUUGAAACCUUGAAUAUGAAACUACGAAGACAUCUAGAUUUGUAUGCCAAUGUUGUUCACGUACGCAGUUUGCCAAACGUAAAAACACGUCAUCAAAACAUUGAUACCGUUAUUAUCCGUGAACAAACUGAAGGUGAAUAUUCUGCACUCGAGCAUGAAUCCGUACAUGGGAUUGUUGAGUGUCUGAAAAUCAUUACUUCGAAGAAGUCUAUGCGCAUCGCAAAAUUCGCCUUUGAUUAUGCUACCAAGAACAAUCGUAAGAAGGUAACCGCUGUGCACAAAGCUAACAUCAUGAAGUUGGGAGAUGGUCUUUUCUUGAAAUCGUGCGAACAAAUGGCCAGCCUGUAUCCACGUAUUCAAUUUGAAAAGAUGAUUGUUGACAAUACGACUAUGCAAAUGGUUCAAAGACCAAAUCAAUUUGACGUUAUGGUUACACCUAACCUCUAUGGUAACAUUCUGGACAAUAUCGGUUCCGGACUUGUUGGUGGUGCCGGUGUAGUAGCUGGUGCAUCUUAUUCGGCUGAAACUGUCGUUUUCGAACCGGGUGCAAGACACACAUUCGCUGAAGCUGUAGGUAAAAACGUUGCUAAUCCAACAGCUAUGCUGCUGUGUGGCGCUAAAAUGUUGCGUCACGUUAACUUGCCCACCUACAGUGAAAUGAUAACUAACGCUGUAAACAAAGUGUUGAAGGAUGGUAAAGUACGAACCAAAGAUUUGGGGGGCCAGUCAACCACACAAGACUACACACGAGCUGUCAUUGCCAACAUCCAUUAGAUACAAUAAAUUUGACAACAUUAUAGAAAAUUUAUACAAAUUCACAAAAUUCAUACAUGGAAAAAAAUUAUAUUCAAACCCGACUGUUACAAUAUAUUUUACAACGAUUUGUUAAGAUUUGACCAUUACCUUUAUAAAUCUACAAAUAUUUUUAUUCAAUUGAUGUUGUUUUAUAUAUACUUCAAGUAUUUAUUUGGCAAAAAUGUACUUUAAAAAACAUGGUAUGUUUAAAAAAUUGUGUUGCAAGCUGUACUGUCAGUUACUUUAUUCUAUUGAACUAGUAAAAUUUUUCAACCCACUUAGACAAACAUACAUAUUUAGUUAUCGGCUAAUAAUUUGAUGAAAAAAUAAUUUAAUUUGCUCUUAUAUACUUGUUUCGUCUUAUAUUAUUAUUCACUUGUUUUUGCAUGUAACACAAAAUCUCUUGAACAUAUUAUAUUAUUAUACUCAUUGGGCCGUAUUAAUGUCACAAAUGUUGUCUAUGUGCAUUACAUUGACGAAAUUUAAAACUUUGAGAGAAAAUUAAAUAAAAUCAAUGCUAUUAUGUAAUACAGGAAAA